AAAAUUAUAUAUAUUUAUAAAAUAUUAGCCAGCAUUAUAUUUUAAAUUAAUUUAUUUUUAAAAUUUAAAAUUAAAUUUCGAUUACCAUGGAAACGAGUGGAAAAACUGCAAACAGGACGAAAUGGAAUUUAUAUGCGAUUACAAUUGCGGCAAUUGUGUUUGCAGCUGUGGUCAAACCAGCAACAAGUCAGAAUUCAUUACUGAACACACCUCCUGUUAUGUACGUGGAUCGGAAUUGGCGUAUUUCUGAAACAGAGGAAGUCGGUUCGGUGAUAGCGAGAGUGCGGGCCGAUGACGCCGAACAUGAUUUGCUGCAAUUCGACCUGGAGCCACAUUUCCAUGACAACUAUGCUAAUCCCAACCAACCUGGAACGACCGUCCAUGAUGGAUUACCAUUUCGGAUCGAUCCGAAUACAGGAGUUGUUUACUUGAACGAAAGUCUUGCAGGACGAGGUGGCCAAAACUUUUUUCUCUACAUCACUGUUUCGGAUGGCCAAUUAACGGCUAAAAACGAAGUUUACGUCAAUAUUUAUGCUCGCAACGAUAAGAACAUGUACGGUUCACAUCCGCCAUCAAUUUCACAAGCUGCCAGAAAUAUUUCACAAUUCCUGCCACCAUUUCACAUGCUACCGGGUGUGCAAUCGCUUCGAGAUCAAACAGCUGGCAUUAGAUUUCCAACGAAUAAUCUUCCGCCUGGUUUCGGAACUAACAAUGUUUACCAACCAGGUCCUCAAUAUCCUCCUGUUCCAGUUAACAAUCAUCAUCAACAACAGGAACAACAACAAACUUCUACAAGCAAGGAUUCUGAGAAUGAUGAAAGUCCUGAAUUGAUUUCGCCGCGACCAAGUCACACGGAUUCGAGUACAACGCGAACCAAGUUAACGCCAGUUAGCAGCAAUGUCAGCAGCUCAAAGAUGAAUAGUAGUUAUGAAACUGGUGAUGGCCAAUCUUCAUCAUCCUCACCAACGAAUAAGGACACUCCUAAGAAUGGAAAUGACAGAAAUAGCCAACAGCAGCAGCAUGAGGACAAUUAUGAUGGGUUGUUGGUGUCAACGUCCUCCUCAUCCACGUCGCAUGCCAUUAAAGCCAUAAUCCCACUGGUAAUCACAGUUUGUGGAAUGUUUGUGGCAGCUGGACUCAUCGUUGUAUUUAUCUAUCGGAAACGUCUGUGUGCCAUUAGUAAAACUCUAAAGAAGAAGAGCAAAGCGGAAAUGGCUAAAAAGUCGAAUCAAAGUAAUUUGAGCAGCAAUCUGACUGAUGACAGUCGAAAUUCAAUGGUGCUACAGCAUUGGAAUGGACCGACAGCAUUUGGAAAUAGAUACGUGCCCUGGGAGAGGGAUCAGCAGCAGCUACAGCAAAUGGGAAUGGCAACAUCGCAGCUAUCAACAAGUGCACCAGGAGGUGUCGCCGGUGGUGGUAAUCCUGGUGCUGGUGGUUGUUCACCCAACGACAAUGGAGUUGGAUCUGGAGGUUCUGGCAAUGGUGGAGUUAUUGGUGUUGGUGGAGCAACAAACGGCAAGGAUGGUUCUGCAGGCGAUCGAUGGGAAUUCCCAAGGCAUCGAUUGAAGUUCUUCAAUAUAUUGGGCGAGGGAGCCUUCGGCCAGGUAUGGCGUUGUGAAGCCACAAAUAUCGAUGGUUACGAUGGUGUCACAACAGUUGCUGUAAAAACUCUCAAAGAAAAUGCUGCUGAAAUUGAAAAACACGAUCUAGUAUCUGAAUUGCACGUUAUGAAGUCACUGGAGCCCCAUAUAAAUGUUGUACGCCUUUUGGGCUGUUGUACUGAUAAGGAUCCAAUUUUCGUGAUAAUCGAAUAUGUAAAUCGAGGAAAACUUCAAACGUACUUGCGGAACUCGCGUGCAGAAAGACAUUAUGGCAACACACACGGAAAAUCGAAUAUCCUGACGUCAGGCGAUUUAACAUCAUUCAUGUAUCAGGUUGCCAAGGGUAUGGAUUACCUAACAUCCCGUGGGAUAAUUCAUCGAGAUUUAGCAGCAAGAAAUAUUCUCAUAACAGACGAUAACACAUGCAAAGUGGCUGAUUUUGGAUUUGCUCGUGAUAUUGUUACAUCCAAAAUUUAUGAAAGAAAAAGUGAAGGAAAGCUUCCAAUAAGAUGGAUGGCGAUCGAAUCACUCUACGAUAAUAUAUUCUCAGUGAAAUCGGACAUUUGGAGCUUCGGAAUACUAAUGUGGGAAAUCGUAACAUUGGGCUCAACACCCUAUCCGGGGAUAUCAGCUGCAGAUGUUAUGCGAAAGGUGAGGGAUGGCUAUCGAUUAGAAAAACCAGAGCAUUGUCGCCGGGAACUGUAUAACAUCAUGUACUAUUGCUGGGCGCAGGACGCCAUUGAACGACCAACAUUCUCCGAAAUAGUACAAAUGCUCGAUAAACUUUUACACACGGAAAUGGACUACAUUGAACUAGAACGAUUUCCUGAUCACAACUACUACAAUAUACUCAAUUUAAGUGGUGAGAAGUUGUAA